GCAGCACAAACGAUGAAGACGCUCGCCCUAGUCGUGGUGUGGUCAGCGAUGGUCCAAACACAACUGGUGACCGCAACGGGCGCUACCAAGGUCAUCGAGGCGCGUCUGGGUAGCUACAUGGGGUCAGAGACGACGGCCAUCAACAACGAGAAGUACUGGUCUUUCAGGGGGAUCCCUUACGCCAAGCCUCCCCUUGGACAGCUGCGCUUUGCCAAGCCAGAGAGGCUGCCUUAUCAAGGUCAUUUCAGUGCAACAAUAAGAUAAGAUAAGAUUAGAUAAGAUACGAUUAGUUAAGAUGCGAUUAAAUAAGAUAAUAUAAGAUAUAGGCAAAAUAAGAUAUAGAAGAGAUAGAUUAUUUUAUUGUUCCAAGUAAAUGGAAAUGUCUAAUUUUUGCCCUUUUAAACAUUGCAAUAUACCUACACAAUUACUGUAGAUAGAUACAUACACUUAACACGCAACACUUUUAACUAGAACGAUUUGAACACAAGGCAUCUAAACGUAUUUGUCCAGCGCAACAAAUCAGCCAUCAUAUUCCAGAGGACUUCGCUCCAUUAGCGGCAGUAUUGAUAUUAAGGAAUAUCAUUUGGAGCUUGUGACAGCCGCAGUAGCACGCUCGGUCACGUGUGACAGAACCGUCAUAAAAUGUAAUGGUUGUCACUUGGGCUCUGUAUAACAUUAGUAUAAAGGAUUUGGGGGGGGGGGGGUGGGGGGGUAGUACACAAAAUUGUGGCGCCCUCGGUACUAAUGUCUUUAGUGAAUGCUAUUCCGUCAUUCACCUUGACCUAUUGUUUGCGAGUAGUUCAAAAUUUCAGAAUCCUAAAAAAAAUUAUGAAAGAAAAAAAAUAAAUUUUAUUUAUAAAAAAGAGGGGGGGGGGGGGGGGUAGUACACAAAAUUGUGGCGCCCUCGGUACUAAUGUCUUUAGUGAAUGCUAUUCCGUCAUUCACCUUGACCUAUUGUUGGCGAGUAGUUCAAAAUUUCAGAAUCCAUGCUUGAAUAUUUGAAUUGGCAUUUAAUGAAGAAAGCUUUUUAAUCAUAGGAUGUGGUCCGGUGGUAUUAAAUGAUGAUGGGAAGUCUAAGAAAGAACAUGCUUCUUAGCAUAAUCUUAGGGCCGUCCAGGUGAUGGUAAAGUCUUUCUCUUGGGGCCGUCUAGGUGAUGGUAAAGUCUUUCUCUUGGGGCCGUCUAGGUGAUGGUAAAGUCUUUCUCUUAAGGCCGUCUAGGUGAUGGUAAAGUCUUUCUCUUAGGGCGGUCUAGGUGAUGGUAAAGUCUUUCUCUUAUGGCCGUCUAGGUGAUGGUAAAGUCUUUCUCUUAGGGCCGUCUAGGUGAUGGUAAAGUCUUUCUCUUAGGGCCGUCUAGGUGAUGGUAAAGUCUUUCUCUUAGGGCCGUCUAGGUGAUGGUAAAGUCUUUCUCUUAGUGCCGUCUAGGUGAUGGUAAAGUCUUUCUCUUAUGACCGUCUAGGUGAUGGUAAAGUCUUUCUCUUAUGGCCGUUUAGGUGAUGGUAAAGUCUUUUUAAUAAAUAUAGUAAAAAGGUAUAUUUUGUAAUUCUGGAGGAUUUAUUAGCAAAUUGGUUGGGGGGGGGGGGCGGGGGGGGUUCAAGUUAAAAAUUUCACGUGAUAAGUUCUCAUAACAGUACAUCACAAUACAGGUAAGUGUGACAGGACAUAAGUUGUCAGUGACAUAUAAUUUUUUUGGAAUAGGUAUAAUUCCUCUUGUUCAGCAUAUCUUUGUAUUUUAUGAGUAUCAUACGAUUUCUAUAGAAUGGAACAAAAAAUGUAGGAGAGCUGCUCUGAGCAGAGUUUAGCAAGCCAACCGAUUAAUUUCCCUGUCCCCCGAGAGCAUGGGCUACACUCACUUAAAUUAAAUAACAACAUUGACCAUGGUAUAUGCAAAUAUGUGGAACCCAGAAUGUAAAUAAAUGUAUUUAAUUUGUUUAAUUUUUCACCUUGAUACGAGUUUUAAAUUUAAAAAAAAGACAAUUAAAUAACAUUUAAUGUUCCCACAGACAACGGGGAAAUAUUAGGUACGCGCUUAUUCAGUUUUAACACUACUCUUGAUUAAAUAUUUAUCUUUCUUCUCAUAGAAGCUGUACCCUAAUUUCGCUGUUCUCAUUCUAAAAACAGAUGGCGUAUUAGACGCCACCAGACAAGGUGCCGCCUGCCCACAGAAUUCAUAUUUUCUCUCUCCAAACGAAAAAGUUUCCGAGGACUGCCUGACACUGAACAUCUUCGUCAAAAAUCCAAAGUACGCCACCAUCAACGCCAAAAAGGUCUUGGUUUGGAUACACGGCGGCGCCUACCUCUUCGGCUCCUCCUUCAUCUACGACGCCGGAAACCUCGUGACGGAACACGACGUCAUCGUCGUGACCAUCCACUACAGGCUGGGCGUCCUCGGCUUUCUGAGCACCGAAGACGAGGCCAGCCCCGGAAACUACGGCCUGUGGGACCAGGCGCUGGCGAUUGAAUGGGUCAAAGCCAACAUCAGGGAUUUCGGGGGCGAUCCGGAUGACAUCGCCAUCGCUGGGGAAUCGGCGGGAGCCGCCUCUGUUUCGACCCUGUCUAUAAGUCCGUAUACCGACGGCCUUUUCACAAAGGCGUACUCUCAUAGCGGGAGUGCGACAUCUUUAUUCUCGCGAUACACUGAUGCUAAAGGUGACGCCUUUCUCUUGGCGAAAUCCCUAAACUGUACGAAGGUUGCUGACCAAGCGGAUCUCUGUUCCACGGCGUCCAAAGCUUUGAUUCAGUGUCUGAGAACGAAGCCCGCUGACGUUCUCGUACCCCCUCCAGAACUUCUUAGAAGUACGUUCGUGCCCCGGGUCGAUGGGGACUUUAUCCCGAGACCGCCGAUCGAACUCUUACGUGACUCCCGAUACCUGCAGAGCGUUGGAUUUUACCGCAGGAAAUAUCUGGUCGCAAUUAACAAUAACGAAAUGAGCGCCAUUGAACCCCGUUACGCGCCCGCCAAGGCCAACUUCUACGCUUCCAGUAAUUUGACCACUUCCGCAAAGGAUGCGCUGUGGCGGUACUUCGCUGUCAACGGCAGCACUGCCGAACGCUUGGAAGUGGCCGAGGCCGACCCAGUGGUGGCCGAUGCGGUUGGGAGCUGGUACGAAGACCGAUACCCGGGAGAGUCCGGCUACACUCAGAUUGUGUACGACCUGCAUUUUACGAUUCCGACCUUCGACGUCCUCAACGCGGUUGCCCUCAACCGGGCCUCAUCCGCCUGGCUGCUGUACUUCAACCACUAUCCGAGCUUCAUGCGAGGGGAGAGGAGGGGAAUGAUCCACGCGUUAGAUCUGGUCUACUGGUUUGAUAUCUCCACCGACGUCAUCAACAGUUUCGUUGGUGCGGGCGCCAUCGGGACCUACAGCAAGGACGAAAUGAGGCUGAAGAAAUUGUACUCCUCCAUUGUUGCCGCAUUCAUAAAAACUGGGUGAGAAAAGAAGACAUUAUGCUAAUUAAAUUUGUUACUUUUAACUGUUACUUUAUUCAACUACUUAUGAUAUGAUUACAUUUGCCGCACGGAUAAGAGGUGAGGACAUGUGGUGACCCUCAUCGAUGAUUCCAAACAGGCUGUCUUUUGAGGGCACUGCGCCCAGGCAACCUCUCAACCUCCCAGCUGCGGUGUGAGUUAGUCACACCGCAGAAAACCACGUAGACUCUAUUAGAGGACGUCAGUCAAACACCUACUCGUCCUCCCUCGGGUGGGAAAGGGGGGGGGGGCUUAGAGACGUUUAACAUAUCCACCCCAGCCCCUAGAAAGUCCUGCCCCGUUGCUGUGAGAGCAGCACCCCGGCUGGCCAGGUGUUUGUUCUCCGGGGCCGCCACAAUCAGCAUUGUCAAUCGAGUGAAAGGGCGGGUGUGGCUGUCUUAGAGGGCGAAAUGCCCCCGGCGUGCUGCUUCGCAGCCCUGAUCGGAGUAAAGACCACUGGGGGCAGUUGUUGAGGCCGGUUGGGUUUCAGCGGGUGGGGCGUCAGAGAAGACCUUAUGCGCUUCGGUUCGAUGACCUAAACAUCUUAGAAUUUAAACAAUGUUCUCUAGCCAAUCAAGGUCGGGAAAUUUGGUCUUGUAGUCCUAUCUACGAAUCGUAAUAUUGUUCUUUAAAAAAGCGUUGAAAUUAACUGACAAAAACGCUUUCUCAUUAUUAAUCUAAUAAUUUCACUAUUUAAAAAAAAAUGUCGUUGAGAUAAAUUAUUAAACAUAUUUGUACAAAAUAUGGUAAGGGAUUUUACCUAUUACUUGAUUUAAAUCAACCUCCGUUCGUAUUGGGAAAUGAAGGAAUAUGUUAUGGAGAAAUACUUUCGAGGAAGCUGUUUUCCCCAGAUCCAACUAUUUGCCCUCGACCUGGAUAUCCAUGUACAUGUUGAACAUCUGCUAGAAGAUUAUACGAGGUGUGUCUUUGGAAUUGUGUCUGGUACUGUGUCUGGUACUGUGUCUGGUACUGUGUCUGGUGUUGCUUCUGAUACUGUGUCUGGUAUUGCGCCUGAUAUUUAUCUGGUAUUUUGUCUGGUAAUGUGUCUGGUACUGUGUCUGGUACUGUGUCUGGUGUUGCUUCUGAUACUGUGUCUGGUAUUGCGUCUGAUAUUUUGUCUGGUAUUUUGUCUGGUAUUGUGUGUAGUAUUGUUUCUGGUAUUGUGUCUGGUAUUGUGUCUGAUUAUGUGUCUGGUAUUGUGUCUGGUUCUGUGUCUGGUAUUGCUUUAGGUACUGUGUCUGGUAUUGUGUCUGAUAUUUUGUCUGGUAUUGUGUCUCGUAUUGUGUCUGGUAUUUUGUAUGGUUUUGUGUCUGGUAUUGUAUCUGGUAUUGUGUCUGGUAUUGUGUCUGGUAUUGUGUCUGAUAUUGUGUCUGGUAUUGUGUCUGGUACUGUGUCUGGUAUUGCGUCUGGUACUGUGUCUGGUAUUGUGUCUGGUAUUGUGUCUGGUUCUGUGUCUGGUAUUGCUUCUGAUACUGUGUUUGGUAUUGCGUCUGAUAUUUUGUCUGAUAUUGCGUCUGGUACUGUGUCUGGUACUGUGCAUGAUACUGUGUCUGGUACUGUGCAUGAUACUGUGUCUGGUAUGUGUCUUAUACUGUGUCUGGUAUAGUGUGUGGUAUUGUGUGUGGUAUUGUGUGUGGCAUUGUGUCUGGUAUUGUGUCUCAUAUUGAGUCUGGUAUUUUGUCUGGUAUUGUGUCCGGUACUGUUUCUGGUAUUGCGGUAGUUUCGCACAUACCAUGAUUACGUUUACGUGGUAUCGAUAUAACAAGGGCGGCAUUUUGGAAAAAGGGGUGGGGGGAUUUUAGCCUACCUUGGUUGACACUAAUGCUAGCUAUGUCACUGCUGACAACACAACAACCUGGUUGGCCCUAACCCUAGCUAUGUUAUUGCUAACAGCACAGCAACCUGGUUGACACUAACCCUAGCUAUGUCACUGCUAACAGCACAGAAACCCGUUCGACAAAAUCCACUGACAAAUGCCCUGAGCGUAAAAUUGACUUAAUCUACUUUAACCAUUGGCGCACAUAGUGGACGUAUGACGAGGCUGUAAUGGAGAUGUUUGGGCUGGUGUAGAAUUGGGACCUACGGAUACCCUAUAGAGAUCUUAUAGAUACCAUAUAUACCCUAUAGAUAAUAUGUAUGUACAAUAUAGAUUAACGACAUCUUGAUCACAAAACAAAGAAAUAUAUACGUUACAUCUACAAAAUAUUAAUAAAAUUAUGAGGGAAAAAAAUUGAUCAAAGAUUGAAUCCAAUAUGUAUAAAUCAAGAGCUGUCUAUCCAUUUUGUAUGAAUCAAGAGCUGUUUAUCCAUUUUGUAUGAAUCAAGAGCUGUCUAUCCAUUUUGUGUGAAUGAAUCAAGAGCUGUCCUUUUUCCGUUGUGGUUUGAUUGCACCGUCAAUAAUAAAUUGAGCAUCUUGCAUUCCACAGCAACCCGACUUCUCCACUGCGAGGCAUCACCACAAACCCCUGGUACAGGUAUGAUCAGAGUGACGCCCCCUACUUGGACUUCAACUCGAAGCCAGAAGUUCUGACCCAUUUGGCCAGAAGCAACAGAAUACUCUGGGAAAAGACGGUGCCUAACUUGGUGUCUGACCUGCAGGACCCCGAACACCGUUCUGAUGACCGUGAUUAAAAGAUAAACUAAAACUAAUGAGGUGUUACAAGUAGCGACGUGUGAUGUUUGCAGAAUGAACAGACAUUUCUUUACCAUGUCUCGAAACAUCAAAAAAAAAAAAAAAUGUAACGGGGCUGUCAAUACUGUUCUUACCUUUAUUAUGUUUAUUGUCUGUUCUUCUGUAUAUUUAGAUAAACUUUAUAUACAUCUUUUUUAAUCUUUAGGAAUGAAAAAUAUAAAAAUUUUCAAAAGCAAGAAAGUUAGUGACCAAAAUGAACUAAAUAUAGCAAAUAAUUCUCCAGGUAUGAAAAAGAGUAUGAAAAAGGGUGAGUUCAAAGGCGCGCAAAAAAAACAACAACGAC